AUGGCUUUCUCGUGCCAACAACUAUUAUUUUCUACCCAAGUUUCCCUUCUUUUCACCCAUACACGACCAAAUAGAAAAUUCAAAACCAUCCCAAGAGCAGCAUUAAGAGAAUGGAAUGAGUACGAGGAUGCAGUGAAAAGGAAAGACCUCUCUAGAGCUCUUAGGUUCUUGAAAUACAAAGAAACCCAAAAAAACAAUGACAAUUUAGUUGAUUCAGUUAAUGGGUCUUUCUCGAAUGAGUCAGCGACUCGGUCUGGACUCGGUGGCUUGGGUUUGUUUGAUGGGCUGGAGAGGGAUUGGGAGGUUUUGGACACUUGUUUGAAUGCUGAUGACAUGAGGCUUGUUGCCAGUGCCUACGGGUUCCUCAAGAACAGAGGGUUCUUGCCCAAUUUUGGAAAAUUUAGCAAUAUUGCUUUGGAAGGACCUAGAGAAGUUACACCAACUGUGUUGCAGUCUUCAACUGGUCUAGAAGCGACGAAGCUUUCGCCAAAGAAGUGGGGUGAGUCUGGGAUCUCAAGCCUUUUGUUCAUUGCUUUUAUUGGAGGAGCAAACUUGCUUGUUGACCGAGGGAUUGAUAUCAGAGUUAACCUUGCGGCUAUCUUAGGACUGGCCUUUUUAGAUUCCAUCUUCCUUGGUGGAGCUUGUUUGGCUCAAAUCUCCAGUUACUGGCCUCCCAAUAAGCGUCGAAUCUUAGUUCAUGAAGCAGGCCAUCUUCUGGUAGCAUAUCUUAUGGGUUGCCCAAUUCGAGGUGUAAUUUUAGACCCCAUCGUUGCAAUGCAAAUGGGAACUCAAGGGCAGGCAGGAACUCAGUUUUGGGAUGAAAAGCUGAAUAACGAGCUUGCUGAAGGGCAACUCAGUGGCACUUCGUUUGACAGGUAUUGCAUGGUGCUUUUUGCUGGCAUUGCGGCCGAAGCUCUUGUUUACGGUGAGGCAGAGGGUGGAGAAAAUGAUGAAAAUCUAUUUAGGAGUAUCUGUGUUCUUCUGCAACCCCCAUUAUCUCUAGCCCAGAUGUCAAAUCAAGCAAGGUGGUCGGUUCUACAAUCUUAUAAUUUGUUAAAAUGGCAUAGGGAUGCUCAUCGAGCUGCUGUUAAAGCUUUAGAAAGUGGUGGCAGUCUAAGUGUUGUAAUUAGGAGGAUUGAAGAUGCCAUCUCAAACCCCCCAAUUCUCUUCCAAUUACCCACAAAUCAAAGAUCCAGGGUUUCGCGCAAAAAAACGAUUUUUAGAAUCUAUUCCUCUGCCAAUGCAAAUGGGUCUGAUGGGUUUUCUUGGCCGAGUCUAACUCGUUCUGUUCGGCUUGGGACCGAGCGGUUUUUGUUGAAUCUCGGCGAGUCCGUGAAGAGGGAAACCGGGUUUGAUGUAGAAAGGGUUAAUGUGAAGGUAGGUGAAUUUACAGAGCGAAUCAAAGGUGAUGUCAAUAAAGGUGACGCUGCGUUGACUCGGUUCAGGACUGAAUUGUUAACUGAGUUUGUCGAUUGGAAUAGUUGGGAGCGUUGGAAGGACUUAAAGAAUUGGGAGCCUAAACGAGUUGGUGCUUUGUUGCUCUAUAUUUUUGUUGUGAUGUUUUCUUGCCAAAGAAUAUAUGUUGCCAUUCGAGCUCCUUUUCUAGACCAAGAAAGAAGAGAGUUAACAGAGGCUUAUAUGGAGGCUUUGAUUCCUGAGCCAUCUCCUAUUAAUAUUAGAAAGUUUAAAAAGGGUAUGUGGAGAAAGACAACACCCAAAGGUUUGAAAAUGAAGAAGUUCAUUGAAGGACCUGACGGAACACUGAUUCAGGACACUUCUUAUGUUGGAGAAGAUGCAUGGGAAGAUGAUCAGGAGCCUCCUCAGGAAAAUAUGAAACAAAUUAUUGAGAAGGAUGGGAGAUUAAAUUUAGAAAAGAAAGAUUUGAAGGAAGACUUGGGCAUUUUAGCUGAAGUUCAGGAAAGUAAAGGAACAUGGCGCCAGAGGCUUCAUAUGUGGAAGGAGGUUCUCAAAAAGGAGAAGUUAGCUGAGCAAUUAGAUUCCUCACAUGCCAAAUAUGUGGUUGAAUUUGACAUGAAAGAGGUUGAGAACAGCCUUCGCAAGGAUGUGGCGGAAAAGAUUACAGACACACAAGGAGCCAGGUCUUUAUGGAUAUCUAAGAGAUGGUGGCGCUACCGUCCCAAACUUCCAUACACUUAUUUUCUUCAGAAGCUUGAUUCCUCUGAGGUUGCUGCUGUUGUCUUCACAGAGGACCUGAAAAGACUUUAUGUAACUAUGAAAGAAGGUUUUCCACUAGAAUAUGUUGUUGAUAUUCCCCUCGAUCCAUACUUGUUUGAGGCUAUCUCAGGUUCUGGAGUAGAAGUAGAUCUCCUUCAGAAAAGGCAGAUACAUUACUUUUUGAAAGUUGUGAUUGCAUUGGUGCCUGGAUUACUGAUCCUGUGGCUCAUAAGGGAGACUGUGAUGCUAUUACAUAUCACUUCUAAGCGUUUUCUUUACAAAAAGUAUAAUCAACUUUUUGAUAUGGCGUAUGCAGAAAAUUUUAUCCUGCCAGUUGGAGAUGUUGGUGAAACCAAAUCAAUGUAUAAAGAAGUGGUACUUGGGGGUGAUGUCUGGGAUCUUCUUGAUGAGAUAAUGAUCUACAUGGGCAAUCCCAUGCAAUACUAUGAAAGAGGGGUGAAGUUUGUUCGGGGUGUCCUUCUCUCGGGACCUCCUGGAACAGGAAAGACGCUUUUUGCACGGACACUUGCCAAGGAAAGUGGAUUGCCUUUUGUUUUUGCUUCUGGCGCAGAGUUUACAGAUAGUGAGAAAAGUGGUGCUGCAAGGAUCAAUGAGAUGUUUUCUAUUGCUAGGAGAAAUGCUCCUUGUUUUGUGUUUGUGGAUGAAAUUGAUGCCAUUGCUGGAAGGCAUGCAAGAAAGGAUCCACGAAGAAGGGCAACAUUUGAGGCUCUGAUUGCACAGCUUGAUGGAGAGAAGGAAAAAACUGGCAUAGAUCGGUUUUCACUUAGACAAGCUGUGAUAUUCAUUUGUGCUACCAAUCGGCCAGAUGAAUUGGACCUGGAGUUUGUUCGUCCUGGACGUAUUGACAGACGUUUGUAUAUUGGAUUGCCAGAUGCUAAGCAACGAGUACAAAUUUUUGGUGUGCACAGUGUAGGAAAGCAACUUGCAGAAGAUGUGGACUUUGGGAAGCUUGUGUUCCGUACUGUUGGCUUCUCUGGAGCAGAUAUUCGGAACCUGGUCAAUGAAGCUGCAAUCAUGGCUGUAAGGAAAGGGCAUUCCAAGAUCUACCAGCAAGAUAUGGUUGAUGUGUUAGAUAAACAAUUACUUGAGGGCAUGGGCGUACUUCUUACAGAUGAAGAACAGCAGAAAUGUGAACAAAAUGUGUCAUUUGAAAAGAAGAGACUUCUGGCUGUACAUGAAGCUGGUCAUAUAGUGUUAGCUCACUUGUUUCCUCGCUUUGAUUGGCAUGCAUUUUCUCAGCUCCUGCCUGGAGGCAAGGAAACUGCAAUAUCUGUUUUCUACCCACGAGAAGAUAUGAUUGACCAAGGAUAUACAACCUUUGGCUACAUGAAGAUGCAAAUGGUGGUAGCUCAUGGUGGACGUUGUGCUGAACGUCUCGUGUAUGGUGAGGACAUUACUGACGGAGGAAGUGAUGAUCUUGAAAAGAUAACGAAGAUCGCUAGAGAGAUGGCAAUCAGCCCUCAAAAUGCAAAGCUGGGGCUUAUUGCUUUAACAAAAAGAGUUGGACUCAUGGAUAGACCGGAUAAUCCAGAUGGCGAGCUGAUAAAAUACAGGUGGGAUGAUCCUCAUGUGAUUCCUGCCGAUAUGACACUUGAAGUAUCUGAGCUAUUUACUAGAGAAUUGACAAGGUACAUUGAAGAGACCGAAGAACUUGCAAUGGAAGGAUUGAGGAACAACACGCGUAUACUGGAUGUGAUUACCAAGGAGCUAUUGGAGAAGUCAAGGAUAACUGGAUUGGAAGUUGAGGAUAUAAUGAAGGAACUCUCUCCAACGAUGUUCGAGGAUUUUGUAAAGCCAUUCCAGAUAAAUUUAAAUGAGAAGGCCCCAAUGCUUCUCAGUGCGGUUGCAUGGAGUAGUUUUGGUCUAGAUCUUGCAUCAACAGUUAUUGCUUUGAGCUGUGAUCCUGUGGAUGGGGUUCUGCGACAAGUUGCUGCCAGUUUUGCUUUAUCCAUGCCAAUUUUGGUGCUGAUGAUAACUAUUUCUCCCCAGAUAUAUGCUGUUGUAUCGGUUCUGAAGAUUGUCAAUCUGUGUACAGAUUCGAAUGUCCAAAAUCUAUUUUGUACCAGUUUCAUAUAG